CACCGUCAGGAGUUAUGCGGAUGAACAAAACGAACUCACCCACUGUGAAGCACUUCCUGUGUGGACGACGAGCGGCGUUAAAAAGACAACAAACCGCGUUUAACGCCGGUGAGAUAACGGGACAGCGGUGUGGGGACUGAACUCGGAGGACAAACUAAUCGCUCACCUGAACGGACGUCCUUUCUUUUGGCGACACGUCACCAGAACAUUUUCGGAUGUGACAGAUGAGACCCCGGCACCAGAUGUUGACCCACUGAUACCCUUUGUCGUCAAACCACCUCUUCAUCCAUGUGUAUAAUUUUCUUCAAGUUUGAUCCUCGACCUGCGUCCAAAAACGCUUACAGGCUAAUUUUGGCUGCAAACAGAGAUGAGUUUUACAGCAGACCGUCCAAGACGGCGGACUUCUGGGGGCCGGACAACGAGAUCCUCAGUGGCCAGGAUCUGGAAAAUGGCAAAGAAGGAGGAUCCUGGCUGGGAAUCAGCAGGAGGGGAAAACUGGCGGCCAUUACCAACUAUAUGGAACGCCAACAGAAACCAGACGCACCAGGAAGGGGGUUCCUAGUGUCCAACUACCUGACGGACAAAGACGUGGACAGUUACUCCUACAUGAAGAAGUUGUCAGCGGACGGUCCACAGUACAACGGAUUCAACCUCAUCACGGCUGACUUCAGAGCCAGAGAAGACGUUCUGUGUUACUAUGGAAACAGAGGCGUUCCUGAACCUGUUCAUCUAAAAUCAGCAGGAGUCUACGGUUUGAGUAACUCCCUGCUGGACACGCCGUGGAGGAAACUGCUGCAGGGAAAACGCCACUUCACCAGCGUCGUCAAUGACGGGACGCUGUCCUGCGAUGGGCUGGUGCAGGAGCUGCUGACGGUUCUCAAUAAUGAGGAGCUGAACACGCCUGACCCUGAGCAGGAGAGCCACGGUCACUGGUACAGCAAGACGAUGAUCCAGGCCCUGUCAGCCGUGUGCGUCCGCUCACCUGACUACGGCACCAGGACAAACACAAUCAUCCUCGUCGACGCAGACGGGAACGUGACCUUCACGGAGCGAACCAUGCAGAACUGUGACACCAGCGAAUGGAUCACAAGUUCUUACCAGUUCAAACUGGAUGGUUGAAGGAUGAUGUGCCGGCAGCUCCACACUGGCACCUACAGCUGAACUUUGACAUAGAAGUUUUUUUUUUGUUUUUUGUUUUAACCAUCCGCCUUCAUGUCUGCCUCCAAGUUUGCACAAUUUGCAUUUUGCUGUCUUUGAUUUGGGUGUGUUUUGGUAGCUGACGCUGUUAGCAAGGUUAGCCACGGUGAAGACUGGCUCUUAAAACAAAAUGCUACAAACUAGUAAUGGCCAAACAUGCCGCUAAUUUAUGACAUGAAUGACCUGCAGCUUACGUUAUGUUAAAAAACAUUAAGAAAAUAUAACAUUUUGGGGAAAAAAAUUAAAAAUUGUCAUCAAAGUUUUUCAACAUCUUAACAGAAUUAAGGGUUUUGUCAAAAAAUUUCAAAACGCUAUAUUUUGAUGAGAAACAUGCAGGACAGAUACAAUUUUGAACAUCUGACCAAAAAUUAUUUUGCUGAAAUAAAAAAAAUUCCCAAAAAAA